AUGGCAUUGCGCUUCCGCCGGCUUGCCCCUGGAUUGGCAAGAUGUGGAACCAGCACAGCUGAGUUUGCUGAGCUUGAACAUCGUAACUGGCAAAAGGCAGUGCGUGCCUACGACCAAGGGUGGGGGUCCUUGACUCGCCAGUGCAUCCCAGAUCUGUUGACAGGCGUUGGCUGUCAAAGGGGUUGUCGCCUGGUGGACGUGGCGACUGGGCCAGGGUUCGUUGCCGAGGAGGCUGCUAAGGCUGGCGCAGACGUUGUUGCGGUGGACUUUGCAAAAAACAUGUUGGAUCUGGCGCGAGCGCGACUAGCGAAAUCGUUGGGUUCAGAGAGUGUCCAGUGCGUGGAAGCAGAUGCGGCCUCCAUGCCUUUUGACGCAGAGACCUUCGAUGCUGUUGCGUGCAGCUUCGGUGUCCUUCACCUUCCUGAGCCAGAGGCCUUCUUCACCGAGGCUUUGCGAAUUCUGCGGCCGGGUGGCCGUCUCGGCUUUACGGUUUGGGCGCCCACUCCAUCCACAGAGGCGCUCGCACUAGUGCACACAGCAGUCCAGCAGCACGGAAACCCAAAUGUUCCCUUGCCAGAAGCACCUCCUUUCUUCCGCUUUGCAGAUGCAGCAGAUACUGCUCGGACACUUUCUGCGGUGGGAUUUGGGGAGAUUGUGUCCAAGGAGGUUGCAAUGUGCUGGGAGGUGAAGGAUGCAAGGGAGACAUUUGUGGCUUUCCGGGAUGGCACCGGGCGCACAGCUGCACUGUUGGCGGGCCAAUCCCCAGAGCAGCUACAGGCAAUCGAGGCCGCCAUAACUGAGGGAACAGAGGCAAAACGGAGCGGUCCCGAGCAAUCUUGCCGCCUCCAGAUGCCUUGCAUAUUGUGUGCUGCCCAGACUUUUGCUUUGCUCGCGCAAUGUCAUGACCUGGACAAAGCACACAAGAUGUGCUGUGCUGACCAACGCCGCUUGGCAUCGAGCGUUCCGCCCACAGAGGACUGGCGAACAGUGCCGAACGCGCUGACAGCUUUGCGGCUGGUGGCGGUGCCGGGCAUCCUUGCCACCUGGUAUCUUGAGCUCCACGGUGUAACCGCUACCCUUUUCGGCGCGGCCGCUGUAACAGACUGGUUCGACGGUUUCCUCGCACGACGGUGGAACCAAAAGACCGCUUUCGGGGCCCUCCUUGAUCCUCUCGCCGACAAGCUCCUCGUCUCCUCCACCCUGGUCAUCCUUGUGGAGCAUGCAGCAAGCCCUGUUGUCUCGCUGCCUGCGGCGGCGAUCCUGGCACGUGAGCUCGGAGUUUCGACUCUUCGAGAAUGGACCCAAGUGCACCGGCCCGAGGCUGCCAGCAGCGUUUCAGUUGCCUGGCAUGGCAAGGCAAAGGCAGCAGCGCAGCUGCUCGCGCUUCAAGGUUUGCUGGCUGGCAUCGCUUUGAGAGGCGACGUCGAAACUACAACGGAGGUUGAUGGUGAGUCUCAGGCUGAUGCCGAGCAACUGCGCACCAAAAUGUCUGUAGAGCUAGCAUAUAUCUUUUUGCAGGCAUGGGGCCCUUCGGUCUACAAAGGACAAGGGAAAAGAAAAACCGUUGCGCUCCACUGGCUCAUACGAUGGCACGUCUCGCAAGUUUCGCAGGAAGCCUUCUUGUGCUGUGGCUUGCUGCAGGGCUUACAUUGGGCAGUGGUUUUCAGCAACGCGGCCGCAGAGGUUUUGCAACACGACAAGGCUUGA